AUGUGUGUUGUUCCUGUGAAGAAAAGCUUGGGUCUGGCGUUGCUGCUCUGUGCUCUCCCAUCACUGUCAAAUGCUGUUUGUUACGCAAAGACUGCGAAAUCAGACAUAACCCACUGUCAGGAUGAUAUGGAUAAAACAUGGCAUGCCGUAGGAUCUCAAUGGAGAAACAGUGUAUGCAUGGACUGUACUUGCAGUGAGUGCUGUUCUGUAUUUUUCAACCCCCAGCAUUUCCCUGAUGACUGUGUGAAAGUGUUUGACCCAGAAAUAUGUCAAUACAUACUGUACAAGAAGAACGACCCAUCUGUUAUGUGUCCAGUUUAUGCAGGAGUAUUGAAGUGAUGGGGUUAUUGUUUUGAGUUGUCUGAAGGUCUGAAAUAUUUUCUGUUUUUGUCUUUGUUUUUUUUUUUGACAAUAGAAUACUUCUACAAGUAAAAUUUCAAAUGACUAAAUAAAGAAAUCGUACAUUUCCU